UUUGGCAUGCAGAGAAAACCCAGAAUAUAAAUAGAGUGUGUGGUUGUGAGAGAAAUUCAGACACACUGUGCCGACUGCAAGAAUGGCUCUGACAGCGAUUAGUCUUCUGUGCGUUGCAGCUUUGCUGCCGAUCUCAGGGCUGGGACUGCCUGCACACUCAGGCAAGCUGGAACAGGUACCCGUAAGAGUGACUGUCAUUAACGAGUUCACUAAUGAGCAGAUCUCCUACUCCUCUACUGUGAUAGAAGAAGGGCUGAUGUUUGGUGCAUUAAAUCAACUGCAGGAGACCAACAACGAUUUCAAAUUUACAUACACUAUUCAUAAAACCUUCGGCAUAUACCUGGAAAGUGUGAAUGGACUGGCUGGAUCUGAUAAGGACCAGACAUACUGGGAGCUUCUGUCUGAAAAAGACGGAGUUGUAACUCGACUGGAAGUUGGAAUUGGCUGCUACCAACCUCAGAGAGAUGAGAAUAUGAUCCUGAGGUUCACCACUUGGGCCAAAAUAUAGAUUUUUCAAAAUCUUUUUUUCAAAUCAUUAGUUGUAUUCAGUGGUUGUGAACGUUAAAGCCACAAAUUGGUUCAGUCAUCGAAUCAAUACAGUUAUAGAGAGUGAAUUAAUGAAUUCAUCACUUCAUUGUAUUCCCAGUAUAAUACUUCAAUAAACAUAUCCUGAUGAAACCGAAAA